UUCGCCAACAUCUGGAAAAAACUCAAGCGGUUCUUGUUUGCUUCCCAGAUGCGCUUUGCAGUCCGGCUCUGCAGAGAGCAGCCGCCGCUUCAUCUUCUUCCCAGAGAUAGCGGCGCGUCCUGGACCCGCGGAUCCAGAAUCUCCCCUCUUCCUUCUUCUCCCCCCUUCCUCCCCCCCAGUCUUCCUCGGACGGGGGAGCGGGUGAAGGAGCCGCCCCUUGACGCCAUCGCUCGGCGCCGGCUAUCCCAGGACUUGGGGAGGUCUUGGUUCGCAAGGAGGAGACGGCAUAAGCAGAAAGAUGCUACCUUCUUUUGGCUUGUGUCUCUCCUGACUUCCUGCCUUUGCCAGUCAUGGGUCUGAAAGCCAAGACCCAACCCUUGAUGGAAGAGACCCCGGUCAGGGUAGCCGUGCGCAUUCGGCCAUUGUUGCCCAAGGAACAGUUACACGGGCACCAGAUCUGCCUCCGGGGAGACCCUGAGAAGAAAGAAGUGACUUUGGGCCAUACCCGACAUUUCCAGUUCGACACAAUCUUCACCGAAAUAUCAGACCAGGUGUCUGUGUAUGCCACCUGUAUCCAACCGCUGGUGGAAGCCUUCCUGGAAGGAUUUAAUGUCACUGUCUUUGCUUACGGCCAGACGGGCUCGGGGAAGACUUACACCAUUGGAGAAGCACGUCUCUCUUCCAUCAAGGAGGAUGAGCAGGGCAUCAUCCCUCGCGCCAUGGCUGAGGCCUUCAAGCUGAUGGAUGAGAACGAUCUGCUCAACUACACUGUCCGUGUCUCUUACCUGGAAGUCUACAAGGAGGAGUUCCGAGACUUGUUGCAGGUGGACACAGCCAGCAAGGACAUCCAGAUAUGGGAAGAUGACAGGGGGAAUAUGGUGCUGCAUGGGGUGAAGGAAACGGAAGUUGAAGGUCUGGAUGAGGUUCUGAGCCUGCUGGAAAUGGGCAACGCAGCCAAGCACACGGGAAGCACCCACCUCAACCGGAGGUCCAGCCGUUCCCACACCAUCUUCACGGUGACCAUGGCGCGAAGGCAGGGCAGCAACUGCCUCGCUCGCUUCGCCUGCCCGGAGAAAACUUUGGUGGCACCAACCUCUGGGCAGCUUCUGAAGUCCAAGUUUCACUUUGUGGAUCUGGCCGGUUCUGAGCGGGUGGUAAAGUCUGGAUGUACUGGGGAAAGGCUGAAGGAGAGCAUCCAGAUCAAUGCCAGCCUGUUGGCUUUGGGCAAUGUCAUCAGUGCCCUGGGAGACCCCCGCCGGAAAAGCAGCCACAUCCCGUAUCGGGAUUCCAAAAUCACCAGGAUCCUGAAAGGCUCCUUAGGUGGGAACGCCAAAACCGUGAUGAUUGCCUGCGUCAGCCCUUCCUCCUCCGACUUUGAUGAGAGCCUGACUACUCUGAAUUAUGCCCGGUGGGCUCAGAAUAUCAAAAAUUGGGCUGUGGUGAAUUGCAGCAAGGAGGUGGAGCCCGUAGAAGCCCUGCAGCUGCGUCUCAAGAAGCUUCAGAGGGCCGUGGAACAGAGACACCGGUCCGAGACUCGCAUCAUCCACCGAUCGGAGGUGGUGCCCGUCAAGGGACACUUGGAGGAAAGCGUGGCUCGCUUACGAGCAGAGUGCAACCACUACCGGACUUGCACAGACGCCGCCUAUCAGCUCUUGAUGGAACUGCAAGGGGAGGGCAAUUUGACAGAGGAACAGGGGCUCCAGGUGAAAGGCUGGCUCUGUGCGGUGGAAAAUGGGGCAGGUGAGCCGAGCUUGACCUCCGGCAUAGACAGCGGGAUUGGGAGCACUUCGGCUGAGGAGCCGCACUCUAAAACCUCCAGUUCCAAGCUGGUCAAGAUUCAGGAGGGGCAUCAACGAGGAGCUGAGAUGGUGAGACAGGAGGAGAUGGUGAGGCUGGAGGAGCAAGUAGAACACUUAGAGAGAGAGAACCAGGAUUUCUUGACAGCCCUUGAGGAUGCUAUGGAGCAGUACAAAGCACAGGGUGCCAAAUUGCGAGAACAGGAAGACAUCAUCUCUCAACUUCAGAAGCACCUAAAGAUGGAGAUGCCCCAUUUGGGCAUCCCUGAAAUGCUAGGGAGUGUCUCCCUGGUGCAGCUUGACCAAAGGCCCCACACAGCUCCUGUGGACACAUAUCAGUCCCAUCGCUGGCUCAAGCCCGCCUGUAAUAACCACAGUAAGCUGCACAGUGUCACAGCUCACAAUGGAGAAGACUCAUUGGUUCGAAGUCAGAGUCUCUCUGGAGACAAUAUGUACAGUCUGGGGACAAAGGAAAUGCCACAAAUGAAAACACUGGACAAUGUUUUUGAUUCAUCUUUGGAAGACGAGAAUAGAUGUUGGUCCCUUCAGCAAUACAGGAACAGAACCCACAGCUGCAGCAAAGAGGAGGCUUCAACCAAGAAGAAUAAAAAAUGCAACUCAAAAUCCCCAGAGGGAGUACAAGAGAAUUCUUUGGAACUAUCUAAAGAUGGUAGGCAACAAGAGCUGAGCAGUCCAGCAGGGAGCUUUCCAGGCAAGGAUUCAGAAUGGCAGCUACUCCAGGCCCACCAGAAGAUCCGUGAACUGGCCAUCAACAUCCGUAUGAAAGAAGACCUGAUAGGAGAGCUCAUUAAAACAGGCAAGCAUGCUCAAGCCAUGAACAAACAGUACCAGCAGAAAAUCCAACAUUUGGAGCAGGAAGCCGAGCAGGUGCGGUUGGAACUGAAUGAUGGACAGAGGGAGUUGCGAGAGCUGGAAGGCAAAGAAUCUCGUGACCCUGCGGAAAAGUGGAAACUCCAGGAAUAUCGCAGCAGAGUGGAAGCCGCGCAGAGCAAGGCAAAGAUCCUGCAGGAGAAGAAGCGGGCGACGGAGAGGCUGGCCUCCUUCUCUGCUCAAAACGAGAAGCGCCUGCUGGGGCUGGAGAGGAACGUGCAGCUGAUGCGGCAACAGCAAGGCCAGCUCCAGAAGCGUUUGCGGGAAGAAGUGGAGCAGAAGCGACGUCUGGAAACCGAGAUGCAGAAGAGGCAGCAUCGGGUCAAGGAGUUGGAACUGAAGCACGAGCAGCAUCAGAAGAUUCUGAGGAUCAAAACGGAGGAGGUGGCUGCCUACCAGCGGAAGCACAGGAGCGGCAGCAAUGACUCUAUGAUCAGUCUUGAACAGCAGCAGAAAAUUGAAGAGCAGAAGAAGUGGUUGGAUGUAGAGAUGGAAAAAAUCCUCAAGCAGAGGCGUGCCCUGGGUGAGCUAGAAGAUGAAUUGACCAAGAGAGAAGCCAUCGUCGCCAAGAAAGAAGCUCUCCUUCAGGAGAAAAAUGACCUGGAAAACAAGAGACUCCGGUCUAGCCAGGCUCUGAAUGAUGACAUUCUUCGUGUCUCCAGCCGUCUGGAGUACUUGGAGAAAGAGCUAACCCAGAGGAGUGGGCAGCUUGGUCACAGCAGCGCACAGGACCAGCAGCUCAUAAGGCAAGAAAUUAAUAAUUUGCGGCAGGAGAAGGACCAGUUGCUCAAGCAGAGGUUGGAGAUCGAUGAGAAAUUACGUCAGGGCACCUUGCUGUCACCUGAAGAAGAGCGGAUUCUUUUCCAGUUGGACGAAGCCAUUGAAGCUCUGGAUGCUGCCAUAGAAUAUAAGAACGAGUCCAUUACUUGCAGACAGCGAGUUCUGAGAUCCUCAGCCAGCCUUCUUUCCCAAUGUGAGAUGAACCUUAUGGCAAAGCUCAGCUACCUCUCUUCCUCCGAGACCCGGGCACUGCUUUGCAAAUACUUUGAUAAGGUGGUGACCUUGCGAGAAGACCAGCACAAACAGAGUGUGGCAUUUUCCGAACUGGAAAUGCAGCUGGAAGAGCAGCUACAGCUGGUGUUUUGGUUGGAGGUGGCCCUGGAACGUCAGCGCUUGGAGAUGGACCGUCAGCUGACCUUGCAACAGAAGGAACACGAACAGGACGUUCAGCUCCUGCUCCAGCAGAGUCAGGAACAUAUCGAAGAAGGACAGGCAAACAGCAGGCUUCAGUAUGAACAAAAGAUCCAGACGCUGGAAAAGGAAUUGGCUCAUUACAAAUGGCUAAACGAGGAAUUAAGCCAAAAGUUAAAGCAGCUGGAGGGACAUGGCGGAGGUAUGGAGAGGAGCAUCUUUGCAGUUGGGGACGGACCCAGUUCGCUCAGCACACAUGAAGAUUUUACCAAAAAAAGCCAGCUGGAACCAUCCUUGCAGCUGGAGCCCUCAGAAAGAAAUCAAAGAAAGAGAGAGGACUUAGUGCAUACGCCGUUACCGUCCACCUGGAGGCGCUGCUCACUGUCUAGUGCCAAUAACUUGAUAGUGGAAGAUUUUCGUCAAAUGGAGACAGAUUUUCUCCUAAGAUUUAACCAAGCCAAGGAUAUCCCUUUGCAUCCGAGAUCCCGCAAAGAAUUGCACCGGGCCAGCCAGAACUCCAUCCCUGGGUUGUCUUAUCCAGAAAUCAUUGACGUUAGAAAAAAUCCACUCUAGUUCUGAGAUGUUGACUGUUCCAUCUAAAAUAAGCUAAUAAGCGCCUUCUGAAGAUAACUGUGGAUAAAUUACCAAAAAGGCAGUAGGUGGGUUCAUCCAUUAUGCAAAAUCUGAAGAAACGAUAGCUCGGAUUAACGAAAGGAUGCAUGAUAACCACCUUGUAUCUGAAGGCCUGUUCCAUAGGUGUGGCAGAAUUGCUCCAGAAGACAGAACAAGAAAUCAUAGAUCAGGGGUGUUCAACCUUGGCAACUUUUAAGACUCGUAGACUUCAACUCCCAGAAUUCCCCAGCUGGCCAUUGGAAUUGGAAGUUCACAAGUCUUAAAAUUGUCAACGUUGAACACCUCUGCCUUAGAUUUUUUUCAUUGUUGCUUUCCUAAUGAUAGAAAAUGUCCAAUCAUGGAAAAGUUGGUGGUCUCCUUCGAUGGAGAUCUUCAAACAGAGGCUAGAUAGCGGUCUUACCGGAAACCACUAUACUGGUGAAUCAGAGAGAUGAUGAGUAGAUCCCUUCCAGCAUGUACAAUCUCCAGAUUGUAUAAAUCGCAUUCUGCUUUAGUGUAAUGGAUGAACCCAGUCGAAUGUCGCAGAUCUUUUUCUACCUGGGCUUCGCUACUUUUGUAUAGUUGCCUUUUACAACAAAACUGGUUGUUUCCAUCAAAUCUGGAUUUCCCAUAACGAAUGCCAUUCAAAUAAAGAGACAGUAAAUUUGAUCUCUUUGCAAAUAUGUACACAUAUUUGAAGUAGCUUCUUGGGCUGUACUUUCAAUAAACUACCAUAGCUUUU